AUGGGCAGCUCAUCGCAUGCCAAAACGGACAUCACCAUCCUCGGUGCCGGUGUUACGUCGCUGACGGCGGCGUACGAGCUGCGGGCGGCCGGCUACGCGGUGCACAUCUUUGCGCGCGAUCUGCCGUCGGACUCGACGUCGCAGGCGUUUGCCUCGCCCUGGGCCGGCGCCAACUGGUGCACCUUUGCAAAGACGCCCCAGGAGCAGCGUCGCGACCACGCAACGUUCCGCCGCUGGACGCAGCUCAACAAGACGCUCCCCGACGAGACCAUGGCCAUGAUGGACUUUACCCACUUUUUCGACCAGCGCGAGGAGCUGUGGUUCCGCGACGUCGUCUUUGACUUCAAGGAGAUUCCCGCCAUCCCCGGCUCGCAGUACGGCACGAGCUACCGCAGCUUCACCAUCUCGGUGCCCAACUACACGGCCUGGCUCGUCUCGGAGCUGACGUCGGCCUCGCCGCGCCACAUCAAGCCCAGCGGGUCUCGGCCCCUCCGUCCGCCCGUGACGAUCCAGCGCACCUCGACCGUGGCCUCGCUGGCCGACGCCGCGUCGCUGCACCCGGCGUCGUCACUAAUUAUCAACGCGACGGGUCUGGGCGCCGCGGCGCUCGACGACGUCCGCGACGCCGCCGUCCACCCGAUCCGCGGCCAGACGCUGCUCGUCUCUGUGCCCGCCUUUACCGGCAAGGACUCGAUCGCGCGCUGCGUCAUGAAGCCCGGCCAGCCCACGCUCUACGUCAUCCCGCGCGCCCAGUCGGGCCUUGUCAUCCUCGGCGGCUCGUUCGAGGUCGGCUCCGACCAAAAGUCGCCCAACGACGCCAUGACCGACCGCAUCCUCGAGGGCUGCGUCGACAUCUGCCCGCAGCUGCUGUGGCAGGACCCGCAGGGCCGGCGCAGGCACGCCGACUGGAAGGAGCUCAAGCAGAAGGGCCUCGUCGGCAUCAACGUUGGCCUGCGUCCGGGCAGGGAGGGUGGCGCCCGCGUCGAGCGGGGCGACAAGGUGCGCGGCCGCAGUGGCAGCGCCGUCGACGUCAUCCACGCCUACGGCAUCGCCGCCAGCGGAUACCAGUCGAGCUUUGGUAUUGCAGAAGAGGUGGCCCAGCUCGUCGAGCAGUGGGCGCACGAGGGGCAGGCGCGACAGGCGCGGCUGUAG